AUGGACACCGAGUCCACCCACUCGGGCUACUCUAGCCGCUCGGGGAGGUCAAACCGGCAUGGCGAGCGAGGUCGCGAACGUCACAAGGCCAGUGGCAGUAAAGAUAGCAGUCGCUCAGAGAGAUCUGUCAUCAUUAAUCCCCCGGAGACGUCGUCCCAGGAUUCGCCUGUGCACAAUGGCGAGCCGCUGCCCGGAGAGGCCUCGCCGGGGGCCGAUCCGCCCGACGAAGCACAGGACGACAACUGGGGCGAAACCACUACGGCGGUGACGGGCACAUCGGAGCUGAGCAUUUCUCAGGAGGAAGUGGUGGGCUUGGGCAAGGGGCUCCAGGAUCGCGCCCGAGGCUUCCGCCGUUACCUGCCGCUAGCGGCGGGCCUGUGCGGGGGCGUGAUGGUUCUGGCCACCCCGCUGGUCUUCCUUCUCCUGCCUGUGGUUAUGUGGCCGGAAAGGCUGCAGCCUUGCGGCGCCGCCUGCGAGGGUCUCUUCCUGUCGCUCUCCUUCAAGCUGCUGAUGCUCCUAACGGCCAUCUGGGCGCUAUUCCUGCGGCCGGCCCGCGCCAGCCUGCCCAGGGUGUGCGCGUGCCGGGCCUUCCUCUCUACUCUAACGCUACUGCUGGCCAUGUCCUACUGGCUCUUCUACGGCGUCCGGAUCCUGGACGCGCAGGACGAGGACUACCACGGCGUGGUUCAGUUCGCCGUGUCACUGGUGGACUCGCAGCUCUUUGUCCACUACCUGGCGGUGGUGCUGCUUGAGCUGCGUCACUUGCGACCAUGCUACAACAUAUGCGUCAUUCGCUCCACUGACGGAGAGACGAGACACUACAACAUCGGACAGCUCAGCAUUCAGAACGCAGCUCUAACUGUCUUGGAGUAUUACUACCGAGAUUUCCCGCUGCACAACCCAGCGCUCCUGUCGGCCACCAAGCACCGCGCUGCCAAGCACCCGGCCGGAUUCAAAGUUUACAACGUCGACGCUCCGGGGAGCGUGGCAGGUGCACCAGCCGCCAACGGGAGCCAGUCCCAGGCCGCCGUCGCAGCCGCCCAAAAACGGAAAGACAGCGCCCACAACGAGCUGUACUACGAGGAGGCGGACUACGAAAGGCGAGUCCGUAAACGCAAAGCCAGAUUAGUGGUGGCAGUGGAAGAGGCUUUUACGCAUGUGCGUCGCAUGAAGAAGGAGGAUGAGCGUGCGUCCCCUUCGGACAUCAUGGACGUGCGUGAGGCCGCGCUAGCCGUUUUCCCCUCCAUGGCACGUGCCCUGCAGAAGUACCUCCGCACCACCAGGAGGCAGCAGUGCCACAGCAUGGAGAGUAUCCAGAAGCACUUGGCUUUCUGUCUCAUUAAUAACAUGAGCCCCAAGGCCUUCCUGGAGACAUACCUGUCCCCGGGCCCCACCCUGCAGUACGGCCCCGAGCGCUGGCUGGCCGACCAGUGGACACUCGUAAGCGAGGCGUCGGUCACCAGCGGCGUCAAGGAUGGCGCCGACUUUACGCUCCGCUGCCUUGAUUUUAACCUAGCCGUCACCGUCAAGAGCAUCCCGUACAUCCGGGUCAGCGAAUCCUACGUCGACCCCAAAUCGCACAAGUUUGUUCUUCUGCUCCAGUCGGAAACUUCAGUUUAA